UUUACCUUUUUUUCUUUUAUUUAUAUAUUUUUAAAGACGGAGGGUAAAUAUAGUUCACCCCCACCCCUUUUAUUGGGCCCUAAAGAGGAAAACAAACAUGCUGACAUACUUGUCAGAUACAUCGUUGGACUCUAGUUUUAAAUAGUUUCCUUAAAAAAAAGAGAGAAAAGUGGGACCGGUGACCGUAAACGCUGUUUAACGAGGGGGAAUCCAGCCCACAUAUUUAUUGCAGCCGCCGAAAAAAAAUCUCCUCAAUAUCCCCCAAGAUGGCCGCCGAUGUAGGAUCGAUGUUUCAAUAUUGGAAGAAAUUUGAUCUACGGCGGCUUCAGAGGGAGCUAAACUCUGUGGCGUCUGAACUGGCCGGUCGGCAGGAGGAGAGCGAACAUUCCCACAAGCACCUGGUAGAGCUGAGCAGGGAGUUCAAGAGAAAUGUCCCUGAGGAGGUCCGGGAGAUGGUGGCACCUGUCCUCAAGAGUUUCCAGGCGCAGGUGGUAGCUCUGAACAAGCGCAGUAAGGAGGCAGAGUCUGCGUUCCUGGGAAUCUACAAACAGCUUAUUGAGGCCCCAGAUCCGGCUCCUGUGCUGGAGGCCUCCCACUCCCUAGAAGAAAGGCUGCAGAAGCUGCAGAGUUCGGCCCCAGGCAGCGAGGCCCUGGUGCGCGAGAUCAGCGGGCACUGGAAGAAACACCUGGAGAAGGGUCAGCCCACAAUCAUCCUCAUCUCAUUGACUCUCUCUGAAGGUUCAUAUUGGGUCAUCCGGAUCAUUGUCUGUCCUCCUACAGGGUCCACAGAGGACGUUUCCACAGAUUCUACUCCUCCGGCCUCCCGGAUGACCCCUAACAGCACACCGGCCCCUGAGGCCCCUGCAUCUCUGCAGCAGAACCACCAGAACCAAACUGAGGACAAACGGGAGGAGGAAGAGGAGGAGGAGGAGGAGGACGGCGCUGAUGUUAGUAUGGCUGACAGACUAUCAGAGGCCGAGGAGAAGAUCAAAGUUCUGCAUUCAUCUUUGAGUUCUGCACAGACCGAGCUGCAGGAGCUGCGGUGUAAAUACGACCAGGAGAUGGCAAACAAGAAAGCUGAAAUCGAUGCCAUCAUGGCGAACCUAGAGAAAGCAAACCAGAGAGCAGAAAUGGCUCAGAGGGACGUAGAGCGGCUAAAGGAGCAGCUAGCCAGUGGGGCGACUGCAACGUCAGGAAGCUGCCAGCCAGCAGAGGGCGCCGUCUGGGACAAGAACGAGAAGAGCGAGGUGCUGUCAGCCCAGGUGGAGGCUGCCUUGCUGGCGAAGGACCGGGAAAUCCUUCGCCUUCUUGAAAACAUUCAGCGGCUUCAGUUCACGCUACAGGAAGCUCAGGAGGCUUCGUCCAAUCAGAUCCUAGAGCUGGAGCGCCAGCUGGCGUACAAGACGGAGGCCGUGGAGAGAUUAGAGGCUAAGCUGCAGUCCCAGAUGGACUAUGAGGAGAUUAAAACUGAGCUCAGUAUCCUGAAGGUUAUGAAGCUGGCUUCAGCAAACGGCAGCUCGUCUCAGGAUUCUGCCAAGGCUGCAGAGGCUCUUCUGUUAGAUAAAGAGGUCUUUCUUCCAUCUCAGAAGUUCAUGGGAGAUAAAAGCAGAAUAUUGCACAGUAAUGAUGAUGAGCCGUCUGAGGAUGCAGGCAGGGAGACCAUCCGGCCCCCCGGCUCCCAUUCUUCCUCCUCCCAGGCCGAGAGCCGGGCCUCCCCCAGCCCGGGUCCCCCUACCUUGGAUGGUUCCUCCUCCGUCCUCGACCUCCCCCGUCCUUUCUCUGUGUCCCCGUGCUCCACGGACAGAUUGUCAGCAGACCACCUCCUCCACAAGCAGCUCCUCUCCCCACAUUUUAAAAAGGAGGGCCUCAUGGCUUUCCCCACCGCCCUCUAUGCAGCAAAAGUUGCACUGAUGUCAGCCUCCCAAGGGUCUGCGGGGGGCAGCGGCGUUGAAGCCGGGCUGCCCAGCGACCAGUCGGAAAGCGGCAGCUCGAGCGCAGGAGACGAGGACCAGCUGGACACGGCGGAGAUCGCCUUUCAGGUGAAGGAGCAACUGCUGAAGCACAACAUCGGCCAGCGGGUGUUUGGCCACUACGUGCUGGGCCUCUCCCAGGGCUCGGUGAGCGAAAUCCUGGCUAGACCCAAACCCUGGAGGAAACUCACCGUGAAAGGAAAAGAACCUUUCAUCAAAAUGAAGCAAUUCCUCUCCGAUGAGCAAAACAUUCUGGCCCUUCGGACCAUUCAGGUCCGGCAGAGAGGGAGCAUCACUCCGCGCAUCCGAACUCCUGAAACUGGGUCAGACGACGCCAUUAGGAACAUCUUGGAGCAGGCCAAGAAGGAGAUCCAGUCUCAGAGGGGGGGUGAAGGCAAGUCAUCUCUGAACAACUCAUCUGGCAGAAUCAGUAACGGAGCAGGCAGCAGCUCUGAUGAAACUAUAAAGAACAUCCUGGAGCAGGCCAGGAGGGAGAUGGAGGCUCAGCAGCAGGCCCUGAUGGAGAUGGAGGCGUGCGGACGGUCCUCCACCUCCAGCUCAGGGGUUCAGGUUGAGCGCCUGGGGCCCCCUGAGCGCUCCAGGGUCCUGCCUUUGCCCAUCUCCAUCAAACAGGAGGAGGGGGGGUGCGUGGCGGUGUGCAUGGCCAGCUCCAUCAGCAGCCCCCAGACUCCGCUCAGCGUCCUCUCCCCCGCCGCUUUUGUCCAGAACAUCAUUCGUAAAGUCAAGUCGGAGAUCGGCGAGGCGGGGACUUACUUCGACCAGCACUGGUCCCAGGAACGGGGGGCCAUGAUACUGGGCUCCCGGCCCUUCAGUUCCGUCUCGCCUUCCUUGUCCUCUUCGUCCUCUGGGCCCCCCACCCUGCCACGGUCCUGGCCUCGCCUGGAGAACGGCGACGGCCUGGCCAACAGCGAGGAGGUGUCCAACGCGGACGACGAGCUGGGCUUGGGCCGGCCAGUGGAGGUGAAGGUUGAGUCGGACACCUCGGUGAGCGGCGAGUCGCCAGGGCCCGGUCCGGGGCGCCUGUCCUACUACCCGGCGUACAUCCCGCGAGCCCUGAAGCCCACCGUGCCGCCCCUGACCCCAGAGCAGUACGAGAUGUACAUGUACCGGGAGGUGGACACCAUCGAGCUGACCAGGCAGGUGAAGGAGAAGCUGGCGAAGAACGGCAUCUGUCAGAGGAUCUUUGGAGAAAAGGUGCUGGGCCUUUCUCAAGGCAGCGUCAGCGACAUGCUCUCACGCCCCAAACCCUGGAGCAAGCUGACCCAGAAAGGCAGGGAGCCCUUCAUCCGCAUGCAGCUGUGGUUACUGGAUCAGCUCGGCCAAAGCCUCAGCCAGACCCCGAACCAGGGCCAUGCUCAGGGUAAAAGUCCAGCAACAGUGCAGUCCUCUCCCUCCCCGCCUCCCAGUCCGGCCGAGAGCCACCCGAGUCCGCUAGCUGAGCCUGUCAGUCUCUCGCUUGAGAGCAGCAAAGAGAACCAGCAGCCUGACGGCCUGGCUUUGGGGCUGCCCAGCCACCCAGAAGGUGGGAAGUCUAUCCCCAGUCUGAUGGGGCUGCAUCAGCCUACAACCCAGUUAGGGAUCCAGGAGCUUGUGGCGAUGUCUCCAGAGCUGGACACGUACAUCAUCACCAAGAAGGUCAAGGAGGUGCUAACCGACAACAACCUUGGCCAGCGUCUCUUUGGGGAGACCGUCCUGGGUCUAACUCAAGGUUCGGUGUCUGACCUGCUCUCCAGGCCUAAGCCUUGGCACAAACUCAGCCUCAAAGGCCGGGAACCUUUUGUUCGCAUGCAGCUCUGGCUCAAUGAUCCUCACAACGUGGAUAAGUUGAGAAUCAUGAAGAAGAUGGAGAAAAAAGCUUAUCUGAAGAGGCGCUACGGGCUGCUGAGCACCGGCUCCGACAGCGACUCCCCCAGCACUCGCUCCGAGUGUGUGAGCCCUGCCCUGGCCUCGCUGGACCUGUGCCCGUUCAGCCAGGUGAAGAAACCCCGCGUGGUGCUGGGAGCUGAGGAGAAGGAGGCCCUGAGGAGGGCAUACCUGCAGGAGCCCUACCCCUCCCAGAACACCAUCGAGAUGCUGGCGUCACAGCUCAACCUGAAAACCAACACAGUCAUCAACUGGUUCCACAACUACAGGUCCGUCCAAAGGCUCCUGCGGCCGCUGCUCUCCUGCUACGUAUCUUAACCCCUCACAGGGGGGAUUCACCAUUAGGCAGAACUAAAACUCGGUUUACAUGUAUGGUUAAUACAACUAUUCCUUAUUUGUGCACAUUAAUUAUGUUUUUAACAAAAAUCCAUUCGCUAAAAUACCAUCAGAACGCUUAUAAUAUUAGGGUCGAUCAGCCUCUCACGACCACCUCCCGAUCAGGAAUCGUAAGGUCGGGAGAAAAUCAAACAUGUUUGAAAUUCAGUCUGCCAUCGUAGGGUUGCAUCAGAGCAUCAAACCGCGCAGUGUGAGAACAUGCAUUGUGAGCUGUUAGCUUUUAAACCCUGCAGUUUCUUCGUACAGUUUGAGCUGUAGCUGCGUGCAACGAUUGAAAAUAUCGCAAAGUGUAUGCCCAGCUUAAACAAAGAUGUUG